CCUGCGUCAAAACUCCGCGAGUGAACUCCCGAGGAGGCCACGAGCCCCCGAAAUCUCCCCGAAAGAGUGAUAAAAAGCCUCCCCCGUCCAAUCCGCGCACACGCCCCGAAAAUCCCCCGAAUAAAAUCAUUUCCCCUCGAGCCUCCGCGAAUUCUCCGUAAAAAUGGACACCAGAGGAGUUGGCAGCUCUGUCGAUUGAUUGGUGAGGAGCCAGGCUGAGGGGCCAAGUUAUUUCCCACCGUCCGUGGGCAUCAGGUACAGGUACACCCCCAUAUUAACAGACCACCAGUCCUACAACACCCGCUAAUCAGUGUCACAACCGUAACCCCAAUGCCCCGUCCAACGUGACAUGCCCAAUUGUCCGUUGACUCUCUCUCCCCCCCGCCGGACCCCCCAAUCCUCCAUUACCACUGAAAGGCCCCAGUGUCACCUCCCAAAGUGCUAAAACCCCCCGAGAAAAACACGACAAACUGAGAAAAAUCCCGUGCACUGCGUCGCAAGUCCCAACUUUUAACCCAACUCCGUGUGUAUGUGACACGUGUCUGUGUGAGUUUUGUGUUCGUCAUGUCGUAGUGGGACUGCGGCCUAGAAUUCAUGGAAGUGCAAUGUGAGAUGAGCUGUGGAAAUUCAACGUUCUCUCGGUGAGGUGAUGGGAGAGGGAAAAUGGAGACACCAGUGUGGUCAACCGGAGGAAUGUCUCCUACAAAAAGCAAUUUACCGACGCUAAACUAUGAGAAUACCCCCGACAAUAAAAGUCGGAGUAUGUCUCAGUCAGAGGCGUCCAGAAGGACUCAUCUCAGAUCGACAUGUGGUUCCACAAGUCGUGUGAGAAACAAAAUCAAACGUCACGAUCGAAUUACUCACGGUGUAACGAGUGCCCACUCCAGUGACAAAAGACAAUUGAAGGGGUUUAAUGAUUCACCGAGUUUUAAUACUAGUUUUAGCUGUAAUGGUGCGGACAGAACGAUUGAAUCUGACAGUGUCACCAGUGUGUGUGGAAUUAAGUUAAGACGUAUGUUCAAGUGUUACCGAAAUUCUCCACUCAAUCAUCUUUGGAAGUCACUUGUAUUCAUAUUAUUCAGCUUAAUAUGCAUCUCGGCGACGGACCAGUGCGCUCUGGGCCUGAAAACACCAGGACGAACCUGGCCAGCAGGUGACAUUGUCCUCGAGGUGGGCCGACCCCUCAGAAUUCUCUGUAUGCUGAAUAAGACGUACAUUGAUGCAGAAUUCCCUGGUAAAAAUGCAUCGGAUCUGAUAUUCUUCCGCAGUAACAGGGAAAUGGAGCCCGAGUUCAUCAAAAUAAUAAAUGAAACGACAAUUGAGAUGUUUGUCGAGAAGCCACCACCAUCUAAAGACAUGUAUUACUGCAAACUGAGGCUCAACGAUGGCUACAGCAAGAAGUACGAGGCUGUAUGCCUCAAUAACGUCGUAAUUGGAUCCAAACCGAAAGAGCCCCAAAACUUCACGUGCGUAUCGAAUAACUGGGAGAACAUGACGUGUACGUGGGAUCCAGUGCCCAAUUACGUUGAGACUCGUUUCUCUCUUGCCUUCAAAUUGCUGGGACGCGCUGGUGGACGCAAGCUCUAUCCCUGCCCGAAGGAGAAGGAGGACCAGAAACCACUGGCGAAAAAUCGAUGCUACUGGGAUACAUCGACGAAUCCGAUCUAUCGGCAGCCCUACGAGUACUACAUCUUCAAUCUUACUGCUGAGAAUGUCCUUGGGAAUAUAUCUGUAUUGUACAAAUUCCACCACUAUGCUCAUGUGAUUCCAGCAAAGCCAUCGAAUCUCACAGUGGUAAAUAAAACAUCAGACAGCGUUCUUCUUCACUGGAGCGUGCCAUUUCCAAUGCAGAAUUUUCCACCGGGUCUGCAUCACCGAGUGACUUAUCAGCACCAAUGGGACUCCAGAAAAACUUGGCAGGUAAUCAACAUCACGAAUGAUAUCCACAUGUACAAGAAACACUUCAAUUUGACGGAUCUCCAAUUUGCAAAUACUCUGUACGAUGUCAGGGUUUUUAUGAAGAGCGCUGUGGCUAUUGGAGAGGAUAAGUGGGGUCAAUUCAGCGAUGUCACGUUUAGAACACCACCGAGACUACCUGGCCUGCCUCCACGCACGGACAUCGGUAGUUUCGAGAUAACCGAGAACAGUGCAAACAGGGAUGUCUAUUUGUACUGGAAAUCGAUUCCCCCGUAUCUGGAAAACGGUGACAACUUCAGAUACCAAGUGGCCCACGUGGAGGAGAACGGCAGAACAUCGCUGAUAGAGCCCAACGAAACAACCCGAACCUACGCCAAGUUCAAGGGCAUCAGUUUCAACAGCUAUCGAUUUGAAUUGGUUACGGCUAAUGUCGUCGGUGCGAAUCCAGAGAAAGCUGUCAUCUUCGUACCGAGUCGCUUCGGGAUACCGCGAGAGCCCCUGGCCUUCACGAAAAUCGCAUUUGAAGAUGGAUUGUACGAACUGUCGUGGAAGCCUCCUAUAAUGAAUGCUGAGAUCACCAAUUACACGAUCUUUUGGUGCGAUAAUGAACGAGAUCGGCCAUAUCAGUGCACUGGUUUCCUCGACUGGGUGCACGUCUCCUCCUCAACAACAAUCUACAACAUGACAGUCCCCGACCCCCAGAAGGUCUACCAAUUCGCAAUAUCCGCGAAUACGAAGCACGCCUCGAGUGGAAUGGUGUGGGCCUCCUGCACAGUGAUCCACAACAAAGUCGUAGGCAAGAUGAAAUCAGUCUGGAUAAAUCGAAUAGGCUCGGACUUCAUAGAAGUCGGUUGGAAGCUCGAGUGCUCCGACCGCAUAGGCAUCGUCGAGGGCUUCAACAUCUACUACUGCCCGAUAAUAACCCCCUACAACCUCAACUGCAAGGGUCCAAAGCUGAACACAACAAUCAGGGCUGAUCCCCACACGAUUCACGGCACGGUGACAGGAUUGAAACCCUACACGACCUACAUGAUAUCAGUGGCUGUUCUGACGAAGAGUGGAGAGGGCCUGCACAGCGAUGCCCUCUACAACACGACGAUGGAGGCUGCACCGACACCUCCACGCAACGUAGUCAUCUCCAAUGUCACCAACUCGACGAUGUUGGUCUCCUGGGAGCCCCCAGCAGCUAUGAACGGAGUCCUGCGGUAUUACGAGGUCCACUACAGUGGAAAUGUCGAACAGGUGGAGGAAUCGACGCACGUCCAGUUGAAGGAUCUCCUGGCCUUCAAGAACUACAGCAUCUACGUGACAGCCUGCACAGUUUCCUGCAGUUCAGGUUCCUCAGUAAUCCGCACCCAGACCGGAAUAGGUCUUCCAGGGAAGAUAAACCGAGUUCCCAUAGUCCGCUUCAUAAACUCGAGUCAAGUCUCAGUGGUGUGGAGCAAGCCGGCAAACCCCGGAGGCAAUCUCGAGUACUACCAGGUAGCCUCGAAGUACGGUGACAUCCAGAACAGCACGAGAAUCCAGUCGAGCAUUCCAAUACCCGACUGCAAGACCGAGGGGAGAAAUACAUUGCACGAGUUCACAGUGAGAGCUGUUAACAUUGCGCCCAAUGGUGUACACCUCUACGGUCCGUGGUCAGAGGCUGGCUCUGGGAAUUGCUACAGUGAUGGGCCAUCCUCGAUGAUUCUCGUCAUCAUCUGGGUGAUUGGUGUCGUUGGAUCGAUUGCCUUCAUGUUCUGCCUGUUCUACACAUCGAAGAGGGUCUGGCUCAAGUACAAGGUAAUGCAGGAUGUGGAGGUGCAGUUGCCGCCGGGUUUGGCUGGUGAAAAACUCCUCCAGAAAGUUGCUGAACAGCACAUCAGGCAGUCGUCAGCUGACUCGAGUGGCUGCUCAAGUGGACAGGAGUCUGUGACGUCUUCCCUCACAUCGGACUCACACGUGUCGACCGACAGUGGCACGGAAAUUGAUCCAGUUGUGUCAUCGAAUAAAUUGCUGGAGUCAACGACAACCUGGGAGUCCUCGAGCCUUCGCCAGAGGAAUGUGGGGACAAUGAGACCCAGUGGGCAGCCUGAUUCAGCCAGAUGGGAUUCUUACGUCAAGGUGUCCAAGCCUGGAGAGACUGUUGUCGAUGAUAAUUUAUCGUUGGCUCGAUCAACCCCCAAUCUCACUGACUCCUCUGGCUUCAUGAUGCCUCAGCACACCUGGUCAUCCACUGGCUACAUCAGCAUGCCCUCGUCAGAGGAAUUAUCCAAUAAUCCCAGCCCUGUGCCCAAGGAUUCCAAUGUAGGGGGCUACAGUGUCGUGGGAUUGCUUCCAAAAUCGCGAGAUAAAAUCGACAGUUACUCCCAAUUGUCCAGUAAUUUAGCAGAGGCUAAACCAGCAGCACCUUACGUCAGUCUGGCCUCGCUGGAGGCGAAGCCACGUGAGAAGAAAAUCCUUAAUAAUGUCAAGAACUUGACCAAGUUCAUUGAUCCACCAAAUGUCGAGACACCUUACGUGCAAACUGGACUGAUUGAUAAAUCUAUUUCAUCGACAUCCAGAAAAGCCGAGGUGAUGAAGCCAUACGUUGCAGUGGGAGCUCUUCCAGAUGCUGAUAAAAAGGGAAAAUUGGUUAAGGAUGAGAGGAAACAGCCUCAGGUCCCGGGGACAAUUGAUGCCAGCACAAAGCCCUAUGUUCUAGCUUCUCCAGUGUUCAAUGUACUUCACAAGAGUGAUGAGGGGGAUGAGACUGUUGUGGAGGAGUCACACGAGGAUUCAUUGUCCUCGGAGUAUGGAAUGUUCUGGGAGCCAGGGGAGAGCAGAACAGACAGGCGGGACGAGCCGGAGGUGAAGAGCUCUGGUUACGUUGCUGUCAGGGAUCUGCAGAAAUCCGAGCACCAGGGAAUGGCUAAAGUGGCUGGUGGCUUUGGACAGAAGGUGGAGAAGCCCUCGGCAACUGGGGCUGAUGAACAGUACAGCAAAGUCACAGUUGCUCCUCACAAUAUGCAGUGAAUUUUACUGGGUGAAUGGGUCAGGGGUAGGGAUGAAGCGUAUCUGUGACACGACAUUGAAUUCUUUUAGGUAUGUUGUAUGCACCUGAUUAUUUUCUGUCGUAUUAAUGUCGAUCUGGGGUUUGUGUGUCCAUGACGACGAUUUGUAGGGAGCCUCGUCAACAGACUGAUUAAUUUUCUUAUUCUUUUUUGUUUCGAUGAUUAACGAGGCUGCGAGGCACGUGUUUUUGGUGGGCCGUGGGAUUUGGGGGGCUUCUGGGGUUUGGGGGAUUCAGAUUUGAGGUUUUGUUCUGGAAUUGUAGGAAUAAUUGUUGAGGGACUGACUAAUGCUUCUCUUAAGGGGAAACGGAAUCCUUCUGUCUAUAUGAAUUUUUUGAGUCAUGUUGUCGUCUGCAUUUAUUAAUUUAUAUCUAUGAAAUUAGUUCAUCGACUCGAUCAUUCCAGUGCUGAGGCAGUGAAGUAGUUUCAUUAAUAAAAAAUAAUAAAUGCAGGAAAAAACAAUCCUGAAAGUUCAUGUAGACAAACAAAAGGUUAACGAAAGGUUUCUAGACAUUUCCUUCGAAAUCACUGAUUAACGAGACUAGUGAUAAAUUGAGAUCUCAAUUAUUCAACUGGCAAUUGAAUUUUUCGAAGUUUUAAUUCUCUAUUUACCUCGAAAUUACGAGAUUUUCGACUAAAAUGUCAUCAAACCUUUUUACAAAGAUAAAAAAAUCAACACAUUUCACCACUGAAUCCAUAAAAUGCCAGAAGCCCUCGAUAAUUUCCUCAUUUUUUUCGUUUCCUCAAAAAAAAAAUAAUCCCAAAACAUUCAUUAAACGUCCAUCCAAUGAAUCCGGGAUUAACUUAUCGUGAUGAACGAUAUGAUCGACAAUUACACUAGAUACUCGUUCCCAAUAAUUGUAACGAAAUGAAAAAAAAGAAGUGAACACCCGUGUACAUGUACAAAACGAAUGACUUUUGUAUCAUAAAUAUAAUCGUGUUAACAUUGACGUGAGUUGAGAGGUAAAAAAAAACAAAUCAUUUUAACGAUUAAUUAAAAAUGUAUAAGAUUUAACUAGAGCGUAAGAGUAGUGUUUAAUCACUCAUCAAUCAGAUUCCGCACACUUAUUCGACAGGCGUUAUUGGAUACGAGCCGUUUAGUUACUUGAAUAAUUAGUACCUAGUUGAAAUACCCACUCCCCGCAUCUUAUUUAUCAUCUCAAUACCCACACUUGUUGUUAUCUCUUAAUAAUCUCUUAAGACAGUUGUUAAAUUUUCCUUCAUCAACAAAAUCAACGCGAGAAUAUCGGCUUGGGUAUUUUUGAGAAUGUCUUCUGUGCUUUUUUUAUUACUUCAAUGUCUGUUUUCACGUGUGGAAAACAUUUAAUGGACACACCUGACGCUUUCUUCAACCAAUUCUGUUGAAUUUCUAUUUGUUUUUUGUACCAAUUCUUUUAAAAAUUAUGCAACUCUCCUGGGCAUUUUAAAUAGCCAUUUUCUCAUUAAAAAAAUCUUCAUGGACAUUUUUUUAUAUGACACAUUCUGCUGGAAUUUUUUUCUCUGAGAAUCCUUGGACAGGAUUUUUCUGUUUUUUGGUUUUAUCAUCAGAAAAAAAUCGGCGGAAAAAAUAUACAUUUUCUUAUGGAAAAUAGUCUGGGCUAAAAAUUCUUGGGCAUGAAUUUCCCAAGUUUUAAUCGAAUAUCUGUCACCAAAGGGUCACGGAAAUGUCGCAUUAUCUUCAAUAGAAUUGGCGCAAAAACAAAUAGAAUUUUUUAAUAGAAUUCCAGUAGAAAUUCAAUAGCAUUUCUUGAGAAAAGCGCUAGGUUUUUCCGUAAAUUCAUUUCGUGUCUUCGUCAAUUAGUAAUGCAAGUGAGAGAUGUGCAAUUGAAAGAUGAAAAAACACAAUUUUUAUCGUUAAUUCACCACUGAAAUAGCAUAUUACGAACAACGAAGACUCUUUUCAAAUACUGAGGGAUAAUAGUAUCGUGUUAAUGCCAUUGAAACGUUUAAACUGAUGGAAAUUGAGGAAAAUAAGUGCAUAUCUGCAUAAUAUAAUAAGCUAGUCACUGAGAGGAUUCAUCAGUCUACGUAACAGGUCCUUCAUUUACGGAAAAAAGUGAAUAGUGUUGAUGGAAUUUGAAGAAAAAAAAAAUCAUGUUUUGAAAUUUCAAUGGGGUACCGCAUGUAGCCUUUAUCAAGGUAUAAUAUUCAUCUUUUAUUUAUAAUUCAAAUGAUAAUGCCGAUAAACUUACCACGUCCACAUGAUUUGACUAAUUCGCCGGAGACUGACGUAUUGCUUAAGGCUAUAAUCAUUAAAUGACAUGAACCAUGAUUUUUUUUUGCACUGAAUUGAGAAAUUUCUGGCCUUUGGAGGAUAAAUUGUGUUACAAAACGGUGGAGAAUUGAUGCAUCAAUUUAUGGAAUUCAUUUUCCCACUGGAAGGAUGAGGAGGAGUGAACUUCUUCAGUCGAUAUCUCUCGAACAAACGAUGCGAUUUGAACGACUCUCGUGUCAUUUUAAAGUUCACGAAAAUACCUUCAGAAUGAAAAAAAAAUCGUUGAAUUCGACUCUGCCGAUCUCGAGAUAUUGACGAAGGUGUUCAUUUGAGGCCCCAAAUUCAGCUCAAUGAGAAGUGAAUUCCAGGUGCGUCGGGAAUUUAAUGAGAAAUCGAAUGAAAGUGCCUAGUUUUUACGUCAAUAGAGAGUGGUAAUGGGUAAUAAACCUUAUGGUAACAUGACAUAUAUUCUCAUGAAGAAAAAAAAAUUCACUCGUGAAUAUGCAACAUCGAGCAAUUGUAAAUGUGUUGCGGUAAUAAAAGAGCGAUGAUUAUUGUUCGCACCUGUUCUCAUUUAUUCGUUAAAAUUAAUCGUAUGAAAAAAAUUCUAGACUUUAUCCACGAGAAUCAAUUUUACUGUGCCUAUUGAUACAUAGAGAAAGGGUGGAAAGUGAAAACGAUAUAAAUGAAGAAAUUGAAGAUUUAUAUUUCGAGAGAGGGGGCUCAUUUACAGAAACGAAAAGAUGCAACAUCAGGUUCAAAAAGUAUAUCGUAAGUUUUAUAGAUUUUUCAUUGUAUAUAGGUCGUAUUAUCAUAUAUUUUUGUUAUAUAUUUAUAAAUAAAAACAAAAAAAAAUGUUAAUGUAUAAUUGCACAUUAAAAUAUACUAGAUUGAUGGAAUAAAUUAAGGAUAGAUGAUAAUUAAAUUCCAAUGGUUUUUGGAGGUUUUCAUUAGAAUAAUUAAAACAACAACAAAUCGCAGUUGUUAGAGGAACGAAUUCCGUAGAUAUAUCAGCGUUUGAAUUAUCCUUGAUUGAAGAAAUAAUAGAGAAAAAGUGAAAUCGUGAUUGUGUUAACUUCAGUGCAAUGUUCCCUGAUUAUCUUGUGUACAUAGUUUUAAUACUUUUAGCCUAUUGUCCCCUUUAUUUGCUAGAGAGAUUGCCCUACUGAAAAUUCAUGGAUUCACUGAACAUCAUUCAGCAAUCAAAAAUACAAGGAAAAUAAUAGUUGAGGGUAUUUUUUUCUGCCACAAGUUUGAAUAUUGUACAGAAUCUUGUACAUUGUAAUAUAUGUUUCAACUGCAUAUUCUUUUCCCCCUUGAAUUUAUUAUUUAUUUUUUUGUUCACAAAGUAAGGUCUGUUCAUCAUCAUUGUGUUUCUGAAGUAUCGUUUUAAUCCAUUUAAUUAGAUCGUAAUUAUCCAAUAACGUUUUUAACUGUUAGAAAAAACCACUCAAGGUGCGCCAUGAAAAACCUUGCCAUCUCGUCUAUGUUCUUAUAUUUCUAUUUAUAAUAAUACAUUUUUAUAAUGAAAUACUCAUUCAUCAAUAAAGUUAUAAGGUUUAACUCAAUUUAAGGAGAGAAAAUAUAUUAUCUGCAGUAAUGUA